UGUGUGUCAUGUUUAGGUUGUGAAAACGUAUUCAGUGUAUUCUUGUAUGAGCCUGGCGGGGUAGAGGAUCCUUCGUAACCACCUCGCCAUUGUGAUAUGAAUGGGUGUACUUUUUACCAGUUACCACAGUAACUUACUCCCACGAUAUUCCAUAGGUAAACAUUAUAACAGAGGUCUUCCGAAAAGUUCCCUGCACUGCAAAGCGAAGCAUUCUCCAUGCAUGUUUAGUUUAGUUGCUGUUUGAGCUUCGAUGUGAAACAACGCAUAGCGGAUCGGACCAGGCCUAAAGUACAGUCAGAGCCCGGAGUCAGAACUUGCACAACAGAGAUUGGUGUGCUAUCCCGUUAUUCUUAAUGUGCAGGGCUGUCGUUGGCAACAUUCCGGUUCAGCAACAGUGAGGCAAUGGCCGAUUCAAAGCUCAUAACUGCGAUUGGUGAGGAACUAGAAUGCCCUGUGUGUGCCGAAUACUUCACAGAUGCAUGCUUCUUAUCCUGCAUGCAUUCAUUCUGUAGAUCAUGUCUUGUCAAGUGCGACAAGACAUAUGGACGCGGCGGCAAGGCUUCAAUGAAUUGUCCACUGUGUAGGAAAGUGACGUCACUGGGAAAGAAUGGUGUAGGUGGACUGUCGACAGACUACACCAGCAACAAACUGGUAGCGCGCCUCAAGGAAAGCAUCAAAGAACGUGAAGCUGGAUACUCCAAGAAGGAUGCCAUGACAUGCCAGAACUGUCGGGAUGGAUUCGUCGUUUCAUACUGUCUAUCCUGCUGUCACUUCAUAUGUGCCAACUGCCAUUCGAUUCAUUCAAAAAUGAUUGCUAUGAAAAUGCAUGAAGUAAUUCCUCUCAAGGAUCUACGCAAAGGCAAUGUGACGGUGUUGCGUACAGAGAACCCUCAGUUCUGCAGCGUACAUCGGUUGGACACCAUUUGCUUUUGCUACACUUGUCAACGCUACCAAUGUGAGAUUUGCUGUAUGUUGGAUCGGAAUCGCGAAGGACAUAGCUGCACAGAGCCUAGUCACAAUCACGAUUCAGAGUCGAUCGUCAAGAAGAAGAAAGCAAUUAUUGAGAAGGUGGUGGAAAGAUUAUCUAAAAAAAGGAGUUCACUUGAAGAGCAGCAAGGGGAAGUGAAGCGAAUGAGGGCCAGCAUCAAAAGACAUUACGGCGCAAUGAAGGACCAGCUGAAGAGUACCCUAGACUUGAGGAUUCGAACAGUUACGAGGGUCAUGACUGAAAAGCAUGAUGACCUUGUGAAGGUAAUAGAAGACGAUCAACAAGUCAUGCUUGCCAAAAUAGCAUCAGUGGAUGAAAGCUUGGGGCAUACGGAGUCUAGGACCUUGGAAGCCAAGUCGAUUGGAGACAAUGCACUCAAAGACGGACAACAUGCUGAAAUAGCUGCAGUAAAUGACUACCUCAAGAGUGUCGUUUCUAGUUUAGAAGAGGACAAAACACCUGAAAAUUCUCUGAAACAAAUCAAGCAAUAUGCUGACAAGGUCAAGCUUAACCCCGUCCCUGCUGAUGAAAAUGUCGAAUCUCUUGCUUCCCUUGGUGAAAUUUUCCGCCCUCAUGUUUGGGAAGAUAUUGAGGUGUCUGGGGUGUUUCUUGAAGACAACCUUAAAGCUAUGUGCUAUAAUGCUUCACUUGAGUCCUUCGUUGCUUUCUCAAAAGACUCACUGAGUACUAUCUCCCUUGAUGGAGAAGCAAGCCACGUUUUCACGUUCGAAUACGGACUUUCUGUGCAGGAUAUAGCCUUCAGUAAAGAUGGAACUACUAGCUACGUACUGUUUGAUGACAAUCGUGUAAGGUUGUUCAAAAACCAGUCAUGGGGCAAGUAUUCUGGUGUGAUAGAAGUGCCUCAAAAAGGCAGAGAGUGCACCCUGUCGUCUUUGUCCAUCAAUGAGAAUGGCGUUGUGGUAGUAGGGGACCAAGCUGCACGGACAAUUGUCGGGUGCUCUCGGGCUGUUUUCAGCAGGAUGACAGACAUCUCCCCGAUCAAAAUGACCUUCACCAGUAAUGGGGAGCUUGCAGUUGUGUGCCGUAACAUAGGAAAGAUUGAUGAUAACAGCUCUAGCCGAUGGAAUGAAGCAGGUGUGUCUGUGAAGAUAUUUGGUAUGAAUGACCGGAAGGAGAAUGUUCUCGAACAGAACAACUGGCAGGCUGCGGCUGUUGCGUCUAGGGCAGAGUAUGAUAACAAGGGUGGACGGUUCUUUGCCUUGGGGAUAUACUUAAUGGGUGAUGGACGUCAACUUGCAUCUUUGGCUGAAUACGACGGGUUUGGGACAAAGCACGAUGUAGUCUUUGAGGACAAGGUGCUGCCGUCCAACCUAGCUGUUGCUCCCCUUCUAGCUGCGGACGAUGAGGGUAAGACCAUUGCUGUAUACACUGGUUCUAACAUGUGGAUCUACAGAAAACGUGACUUCAGCUCCAUCUAGGUCUGGUAAUACUAACCCAUCAUGGAUGCAAUAUGCGGUCCUCGUGUUUUGAGAUUUUUCAUGGAUUCGAUAUAAAUUCUAAUGGAAUUCUAGAUCCUAAUUGAAUAUCAAAGGAUUAUUUAAAUCGUUCAAGAUUUGAAAAAUUCUGAAGGAUUCACAUAUAAACCAGGUUUUAGAUCCAUUUAGUUUGAAGAUUUAUUUUCAAAUCUGAAAAAUUUAACUCAUCAUUUGAGAUCUGAGAAUUAAUCUUCAGGAUUCAAUUAAAAUCCUGAAUUCGAGUGGUCAUUAACAACGGUACAUCUUAGAUCUGUGCAUGCAAAUGUAGUCAUACACUGUAUCAUCAUUUAUAUAGUUUCGUAAGAUCUUGCAAUAGACUAUGAAGUAGUAUAUGGAUAUCAUGACUGGGUUUGAAAUAUCGGGGAAUUCCAUAUUUCCCUUUUCUAAGAAAAGCUGCCUGAAUGUAUCGCGUGUGGACAAUUGCGUGUUAGUACUAGGCAAUAUAAACAAUAAUGGCAACGAAAUUACUCAACCACAAGUACAUACCGUACAAAAUCCAAAGUUGUAAUAUCAAUAGGACCGCAAACAAUAUGUAAUAAUGAUCAUUGAUUUUGUUUUUCACUGCUUUCAGUAAUGUCGAUAUCAAAAUGUUUUUUUUUUUAUUAUGUGUUUUUGUUAUUACUGUUCAUUAAUGUAAUCAAGAUUUAUCUACCAUAUUACCAGCUGCAGGUAGCAAAGACACUGCAUUGAUCCAAGGCAACAUUCCCCCCCCCCCCCCCCAUUUUGUAGAGUAGUAUAUAAUGAAAACAACCAAUUCAGCACUGGUCUAUCUAUCAUCAUUGCGUGACUGUGCUCUUUUUGAGUAGGAAAACCAUGACCACGUAAUGACGCAUUCAGUAAGUUGGUAUUCCCACAAUCACUUUUUAUUGAAUUUAUUUUAAUACUGGUAUUAUUAUCUGUAUUAUCUUUUAUAGUCGCGUGUAAGUUAAGUACAUGGAAAAUCCUGGUAGAAAGGGAAUUGUUGGGCAGGUCAGAUUAUUUGCUGGUUUUGUUAAUAUUUGAAAGCAUUCUGACAACUAAUCCCCCCCGGUAAUUAGUUGGGAUUGCGGUGCGAAAUUUAAUUGGAAACACUGCCUUUUACGAGUCAAAGACUCUUGUAAUUGUAAAUGUUAAAUGCAAAAGAGCUUCUUUUAAAAUGUUUAAAAGUUUAAUCGGGUAUCAUCAAUCUCUAUCGUGCAUAGAGACCUGUACAUGUUAUGCGUCUAUUAAGAAUUGUACUAUUAUUAUUUAUUAUCAUAACACAUUAUUGUCGGAUCAACGAAUAUUGUUUUGAAUUGAGCAUAUUCAGUGUGUUUAUUUAAUAUCUCUAUAGUGUGGUCCUCCUAUAUUCUGUCCUUUUAAUGCAAUGGAAAAAAAAAGAAAUUGAAAAACACCCAAAAAGAAACUGAAACAAAAUGUGAGGUGACUUAAAACAAUGAUAGACAAAUGGAGUUGUUAGGAAAAUACAAACUUUCCUUGUUGGAUAAUGGCAUAUUAACAUCAAAAUAGGGAGUCGACAAUAUAGGGUGUUAAGAUGCUAACGAUAUAUAGGCAAUAAUGUAGGCCUAAUAAAUGAAUAUAUGGCAUUGUCUUCAACACGGUAUUCAGGUAAUAUAACAGGAGCCGCGGAACGGUUUUGAAAGGGGGGCUGAACAUGCGAAAUAUCACAAUCAGAUGGUCAUAUUUACAUUUUUGUACACGGUUCCGCGGCCCCUGUAUAAUUUGUUUAAUGACGUGUAGCAUUGAACUUAAAGGGAUGGUCCAGGCUGCAAAUAAUCACAAUAAAUAAGAGGAAAAUUAACAGAGCAAAAUGCUGAAAAUUUCAUCAAAAUCUGAUAACAAAUAGCAAAGUUAUUGAAUUUUAUAGUUUAGCAAUAUAUUGUGAAAACAGUUGUAUGCACGUCGUCAUGAAUAUUCAUUAGAUGGGCUGAUGAUGUCACAUCCCCACUUUCCUUUUUCUUAUGCUAUUACAUGAAAUCAUAUUUGUUUCAUUUUUUCAUAUAUGUGUGAAUAAUGUGUCUCCUUUGUAAUGAAAUAAGUUGCAACAAUGAAUAUCUAAUGCACUAAAUCAGUUAUCAAUCACAUUAAUUUUUUCAGCUCUUGGUAGAAAAAAAUGGAAUAAACCUAAUUUCAUAUAAUAAAAUACAAAACAACAAGUGGGGAUAUGACAUCAUCAAGUUGCUCAAUGAAUAUUCAUGAAGACAUGCCUAGAACUGUUUCACCGGAAUAAUGCAAAUCUUUAAAAUGCCAUGACUUUGUUAUUCCUACUUCGAUUUUGAUCAAAUUUUCAGUGUUUUGUUAGUCUGAUUUUUCGUUAUCUGUUUGAAUCAUAUUAUUUUCAUCCCUGAGCAUCCCUUUAAGGGUAUGAAAGAAAUCGUUAUCAACUUUAUAUCUUGGGCUGCUGAUAUUACUUGGCUUUGUUACAUAAAAUUUAGGGUACAAUAGAUUGUUUCAACUUUUUAUAUGUUAUUUGUCAUAAACAUGUAACAUUGUCAGUAUUGUUUCAAGCAUGGAAACCUUAAUUGUGAUAGCUUGCUGGGCACUAUUACCAUAGAAACCUAGCAUGGGAAUUGGGAACCUUGAUUGUGAUUGGCUACUUAAUACUGUUGCCAUGGUAAUUGAAAUAAUUACGUAGUUAACCAUAUUUGUAAUUGUAAUCAUUAUGAUACCGUGGUGGAUUGGUAGUACUAUCUCUAUGCAUACUGAUACACGUACAUGUAGUUACACUAAACAAAUAUUGGGUACAAGUACUCCAUGAGGGUAAUUAUGGAUCCAACCAACAUUGGGCAUUUCUUUGGGGAAUUUUUAUUUUUAUGUCCAGUGUGAUGAAAAGUUUGCCCAUUCUAAAGUAGUUGCUGCUUAUUUUUUAACCUUUCUGGACAUAUGCUUCCCGCAUUGAGUAAAAUACUGCCCCAAAUUGAUUGGACACAUAAUUACCCUCGUGGUGGUAAAUAUUUUACCCAAUGUUUUUUUUUACAGUGUAUAAGUAUUGCAAAAUUAUGCAUAUUUUUUACCCCGUCUCUCGUAGUCGUAUGUUUUCCUUUAUUCUUACCAUCUUUUUCUACUUUCAAAUCAUCACCUUUUUUCUCGUUUAACCGUUACGCCUUUUCUGGCAUUAAAUCAUAGUUUCGUGAUCCAUAAUUUUCUUUAAAAGAUUGAGACUCUUUGACUUUUUUUGCGGUAAGAGUAGACCUAUACAUAAGAAUGGCUUCACUUGCAAAUAUUGUUAUGCAACAAUCCCGGUUCUCUCACUUUUUCUCUCUCACACUCCCUGCCACCUCCUCUGUCCCCCUUUCCUUUCCUCUCUCCAUAGACCUACUAUUAGGUCUAUGCUCUCUCUAACCCUCUCUCUGCUUCAAUCUUUCCACAUAAUUUUGAUGAUCUGAUAAAUAUGUAUACAAUUAGAUUUCAAAUUGUCUCUUGCUGAUUUGACUCUUACCACAAUUUCCUUAUCAUUGAUUUUCAGACUCAGACAUUUUGAGUGUUGAAAGUCAAAAUAAUUAAGGGAAUACUGAAGUGUUUCAUUCAACAUGAUCUUUGGAAUAUAUUUUCGGUGUAGUACAACAAUUGAACCGAAAAUGAUUUCAACUAGUGUAUAAUCUCACUAAAAGAAGAAUAAUAUGUAAGCAGUUUCCUGGGAAAGUAGUGAAUAUAUAAGUGUAGUAAAUUUUGGCAGUUAUGCAAAAUAGAGUAAACAGAGCAGAUGUGAUACAAAGUCACUCAUGGACGGCGGAAGGGGGUGGGGGUGACCGCCUUCUAUUUUUUUAUUCCGAUUUCUUUUAAGGCAAAAAAGGAAAAACGAGAACAGAAGGAAAGGGGAAUAUCCAAGAAAGGGAGCUUCAAAAUGAGAGGAAUUGACCGCGUAUCCCUAUAUCCCUAUUCUUAAAUUGAAAAAUAAAAUGAGGUCACCUUUAAGUUUCCCCCAUUAGAAUAGCAUGGCGGUGCCCCUGGAGUAAAUUGUUUAUGCAUGAAUUUGUUCCUGUUUUGUGCUCGUGUUUCUUCAAACUAGAUUUUAUAACUUGGACUUUCAUAUUUGUUGAAGUGUACAUGCAUUAAGCGGAAGUCAUAAUUACCAUUGUGAUGAUAGUUCAGAAACUAGAAUUUGUAUUAGCCAGUAAAGAAACGGACACCGCACGGUCGUUCGAAAAAAAGACGCUAUUUGGUAACGUUUGUGUUUUGUUCAAGUUUUAUCGUUAAGGGUAGUAAAGACCUACCCAUAAACAAUAAACGAAGAUAAAAUA